AUGGGGAAGCGAGCUGCUGCAACCUGCCAGCACCCCCAGGUCUCGCAGCGGCCGCGGAGGAGAAGGAAGAAGACGCCCGACGAUGUGGCAGCGGCAUCAGGCCUUAGCUCCUGCACCUGUUGCAGUGCCACAUCCCAAGCCGAGCGACGGCCGAGGCAGCAGGGGAAGAACCCAAACACUGCGCGGAGGCUUCUUCGCUCCUGCGCUACCGCCACCGCCACCGCGCAGGCUCGUCUUCGUCGCCAUGCCCUCUCCGUGUCCUGGGGCGGCAAGCGGUCGCGUACCGUUAGGUCCGGCCCCGCCCUGGGCUCCAGGUGGAGGGACUGGGCGGGUCUCGACGAGGGCCCAGCCAGCCUGAUCGCCGACCGCGUCCUCGCCAACGACGUGGCGGACUACGUCCGGUUCCGAGCCGCGUGCCUCCCGUGGCGUCGACGCUGCGCGGACCCGCGCACGCGCGGCGUCCUCGAGGACCCGCGCCUCUACCCGCGGCAGUGGAUCAUGCUCCGCGACGACUACGAGGAGCUCGCGACCGCCGCCGCCCCGCACCGCCGGUUCCUCAACACCCGCACCGGCCAGUGCGUGCAGGUGGACGUUCCGGAGCUCCCGCCGACCACGGGCUUCCUGGAGUAUUCUCUCGGGUGCAUCGGCGAGUGCAUGCCGUCCUGUGCCGGCCUCCUGGAUCACCUCACGGUCUACCUGUACUUCUACAGCAGACAUGCCGGGACAAUGGCCAUUGCCCGGCCCGGCGACGACCGCUGGGUGCUGCUCAACACCGGGCCAGAGCUAAUCGAGUGCACGGUGUUUUUUGCUGGCCGCUUCUACGGCGUCACCGCCAGUGGCAUCCUCGUGACAGUGGACAUGGCCGGAGACGACAGAGGUCCCCGCCUAGUGGUGGCAGCCGAGCGGCCCAAGCCGUUUACGUUCAGCUCGAUGACGGACACCGUGCACCUGGUGGAUAAUGAUGAUGGGGAUCUCCGGCUUGUGCAUCGUAUGCUACGCCCGAGGAUGUAUAGGGUGUACAGGGUUAACUUCAGCACAGGGAAGACGACGACCCGUGGCCGUCGCAAUCUUGGAGGUCAUGCCAUGUUCAUUGACCUUCACGGUGGGCUCUCGGUGUCCCCUCGGGUGUUUCCGUUCCUCCGCGCAGAUACAAUCUACCUGGGCCUGCAUUGCGACGAGAGAAGUGUGGGCAAAGAGCAGAUUGGAGCUUAUCAUGUCAGAGAUGGAAGCAUUGAACCCCCGUGUAACGAUGACAGCCAGAGGCGCGGAUUAGCGCAUCCUUUGAGUAUUGCUGAUAGCCUAAUUGCUUACGUAAGCGGCUAA